AUGCAGGAGAUGUUUUUAAUAUACAUUGAAAGUUGUGCUCAAAUCUCGUUCAUCGAGUUGUACAUUGAAUUCGAACAAUCUGAGGCCGACCGAAAUAUUUUACGGGAAGACUACAAUAGUGACAGUGAGGAAGAGUUCAAAAGCAAUUACGAAGUUGUUGGUCCAGACGGAGAUGAAGAUCAAGGUGACGGCAGUGUGGCUCCGAAUGUGACAGACGUUGCAAAUGCACUCGCGAACGAAGUGCCAUUUGAGGAGCCAUCUUUCAUGCGAGUUUUGGAUUUGGAAGCCAUGCAUGCUCCGGAGUUUCCGGAAUAUAUGAGUGCAGAAGUUCCUUUUGUCGCAGAUGGUGAAUUUGCCGUGGGGAUGGAAUUCAGUUCCAGGGAAGCUGUUAUUAAGGCGAUGAAGGAGUAUACCCUCCGAAGAUCUGUAGACUACCGUGUGUAUGAGUCGGAGUCGUUGACAUUUUAUGCGAAAUGUACACAGUACGGGUCAGGGUGUGAUUGUCUUAUCAGAGUUAGCAUGAUCAGUAGAAAGUACUGUUGGGUUAUUAGGAGGUACAACGGCAGCCACACUUGUACCAGAGCAACCAUUUCCCAGGAUCAUUCAAAGCUGGAUUCAAAUAUAAUUGCAGAAGCCAUUAAGCCGUUGGUUGAGGCUGGCCCCUCUUUAAAGGUAAAAUCAGUUAUUGCAGAAGUGCAGUCAAAGUUCAACUACACCGUCAGUUAUCGGAAAGCAUGGUUGGCUAAGCAAAAGUCAGUUGAGAAACUAUUUGGAGGUUGGGAAGCAUCCUACGAAGUGUUGCCCAUAUGGUUCGAGGCCAUGUGUCACAAGGAGCCAUCAGCUGUCGUGCAUUUCGAGACUAUGCCAGCAUAUCAAGGGGAUGACUUGGUAAGUAAUAUUCGGGUAUUGCAUCGAGUCCUUUGGAGCUAUUACCCCUGCAUUAGAGCAUUCAGACAUUGUAAGCCAGUUGUCCAGGUGGACGGGACUCACUUGUACGGAAAGUAUAAGGGUUGUUUGUUAGUAGCCGUUUCGCAGGAUGGUAACAACAAUAUCAUCCCGAUUGCAUUUGCUAUUGUUGAGGGAGAGACUUCUGAUGUGUGA